AUGGCAAGCGCACAACUCACCGAGGAAGAGCUGCAGCAGAGCGCGGUUUUAUCAGAGGAAGACGCCGAAUUCGAAGAUGCACCGAAUGUGCCCGCUGGUCAAAUACCGCAAACGACCGAAAGCCCGUUGACGAAUCCUAAUACCUAUGACGACGAACUCUCAGAUGUGGUUGGCGACGAAGAAGAGGAAAGAGACGCAAGCGCCAUUGAGGAUGACGUUGAGAUGGGCGAGAACCCGGAUGAUAACAGCGAGCUAUCCGAACAGGAAUCACUGGAUGAGGAGUUGGAUCACCAGUCUGAUGAGGAUAUGGAUCAGCACAUGGAACAAGACGAAAGAGAUGGCGCUUCAGGCGGCGCGCGAAGCCGUAGUAGUAGCUUGCUGGACGACAUCGAGGAGGACGAGGCAGAAGGUGUCGGCGCCGUCAAAAUUCGACCGGGUGAAACUGACGACGAGGAGGCAGAUGAGCCUGAGAGUGAUCACUCGGAUUCACACAGCGAAUCUGGCAACGAAUCCGAUGGGGACGCUGCGUGGGACGAGGUCGCUGCAGCGGAUGACGAUGAUGAAGAGGGCUCGGAAGAUGCCGCACCUAACACAUGCAUGUUCUGCAAGCAAGAUGAAGAGCACGACCCUGCCGAAGACUUUGAGGAUUUCCUGACUUGCGUCGAUUGCGGCGAGAACUGGAAGCCGGCGCUCUUCAAGAUUCAAGCAUGUCUCGACUGUGCAUUGGGAGAAGAUGCGCCAGUUAACGAAGCUGAAGGCGAAGCUGCUCAGGAGCAAGAGCAUGAAAACGCCGAUGAGAACGAGGACGUUAAGAAGCGCGACCCCGAAGUCGAUCUGGAACUUUCGCCAUCUUCCAGAAGGUCAACAGCAUCUCAAGUUGCACGAGACUUGCUUCCACCCCAAAAAGGCAGUAUUAAACCCGACUCUCAUUCGGUCUUCAACCACCUGCUUCUAGAUGGAGACCCUAUGGAUGGAUCCCGCGUGCUUCGUAAGCGUAAGACAUCAUCCAUCGAGGCGGAUGAUAUCGUCAUGUCGCUCCGAAAGCGCCGGCGUAACACCUCCAAAGACCGGGAGUCAAGCCACGGUGCGGGGACGUCACAAGAUGGUCCAAAUGGUACUAGAGAAAAGGGCUCACGGCGCAAGUUGCGUCUCAACGCCACACGCAAAGCCCAAUCGGUUACGGUUACCCGGCGAACUCGCUCCAUCGUCAUCAAGAUGCGCAAAGUCUACGUCAAGCCGAAGAAGAGUGGAGAGGGCAGGUACGACUGCGUCGACUCAUGA